GCCCUAACCUAUAAUAAAACACAAUGGCGUCGACCACGUUACGCUUGUUCACCCGCCGGCCGCCGCACCAGUACCGUUGCGCCGCUCCGCUGAAGCACUUUUUUCCGCCGUCCGGUAACGCUACUUGUUCGUUGUACUCGACAAAACCGAAAUCCAGCAAAAUGAGUCUGCCGAAAGUUUUCUUCGACAUGUCCGCCGGCGGUGACCCCGUCGGACGCAUCGUAAUCGAGCUCCGUAGCGACGUCGUACCUAAAACGGCCGAGAAUUUUCGUGCCUUGUGUACCGGCGAAAAGGGAUUCGGCUACAAGGGAAGCAUCUUCCAUCGCGUCAUCCCCAACUUCAUGUGCCAAGGAGGAGAUUUCACCAACCACAACGGCACCGGAGGCAAAUCGAUCUACGGAAACAAAUUCGAAGACGAAAACUUCACAUUGAAGCACACUGGACCCGGCAUCUUGUCCAUGGCCAACGCAGGCCCCAACACUAACGGCAGUCAGUUUUUCAUCACCACCGUAAAAACCACCUGGUUGGAUGCCAAACACGUCGUAUUUGGAGCCGUAGUGGACGGCAUGGACGUUGUCAAGAAAAUCGAAGGUUUCGGUUCACAGAGCGGCAAAACCACAAAAAGAAUCACUGUCGACAAUUGCGGCCAGCUCAGUUAAACGAGUUAUACUGAUAUGUCAAACAUAAUAUAAUUAAAAAAAAAAAUAAUAAUAAUAUAAUUAAAUACCGAACAAAAUAUAAAUGUUAAGCAUGUUCAACAAUAAUUUAUAUGUAUGUUUGAUGCAAUUUGGUAAUUUGGAAGAGAAAAAAAAGAACAUAAUUAUAUACUAAACUUGAUAAUACAUUCACAUAGUUAUUACAAACACUGUUGUUUUUGUGUCUGUCCUAACAUUCUUUUUCUUGAAUCGUGUCUAGGGUUUGAAACCGAAAGCGAUUUUUGUUUCAAAGUUGGUAACAUUUUUUUUAUUCUCAAUCGAGGAUUAAAUAGGUUUUUUCCAACUCUUUAUAUUUUAUUAUUACUACACGAGAAUGAAUAAAAAUAUGAUAUUCCGAUUUCAUUUAGAACAAAACGUUUAUACUGUUCCAAAAAAUAAUUUAUUAACUCAAAAAUAUGCUAACAUCUUAAACAAAAAAAAUGUUUUUGAUUUAUUUAAGUUCAAAAUCAGUUAAUGAUUAUUUUAGGUAUAACUAUGAGGUCAAUUUUGUCUUGGAAACCUUUUUUUGACAAACGGUUGCCAAAUAAUGUGUUCAUUUUCAGUCUUUAAAAAAAAAAUGUCACUUCCGAUUAUAUUUUAUUUGUUAAGUGGCUAUCCUGAAUUUAUGAUGACCAAAUUUUUGUAAUUUAAAGGCAAUAAAAUAUUAUUUUGAUUUUCA